GUUAGGACCGUGCAAUCGUCACCUUUUAUCGACGAGGAGAGAACCUCGCGGUAUAUCGUCCUCGAUUAUCAUCGACUUGGGGCUUACGUCCGCGUCGUCUAGUCCUCGCUCCGAAACGCGUCUUUGACCGAAGCCUGGCGAUCGGAAACGGGGCACGUCGAUCCGAUAGAGCAUCGAUCCACGGGAGCAGCGGUAUCCUGGCGCAGUCGAUCUCCAGGAAGGUGGUAUCGAUCUAGCAGCGGUCAGAGACAGAGAGAGAAAUCAGCGAUCGAGGAUUUGUUCGUAGCUGGGAUCUCUGCUGAGGCACACACACCGUCGGCUGCAAAAUCGUUCCGGCGAUCGACUCGGGGAGUUUUAAUGAUUAAGAGGAGCCUGAAAUUGCAUUUCGCGGAGAGCAGAGGCCUGUUCGUAUAUCGUGGUGGUUUUUGUGGUGGAAAAGUGAUCGGAGGUUAAUCGCGCCGCAGCCCGACGUAGCCAGGAGCCGCAUGCCUCGCUGACAAGUCUCAGGAUGGUCUGGUAGAGGAGGUGCCUGGUGGUUCGAUCGCGAGAAAUGGCGUGCGGAAUAUCGUUCGAAGCCACUGCCACGAGCUCGGUAUUUUUCCUGCUGGUACUGCUGCAGGCGGCACUGGUGUGGGACGAAGUACCCGGCGCUCCAGCGAAGAGGAACGAUAUACUCGCGGGCACGGAAUUCCUGUCGGUCUUCAUAAACGGAGCCAUGGCCACGCCGCCGCAGAGACGCAGAGGCUUCAGACGCGGAGGACACGCGGCGUCAUCGGCCGCGGACAGCGCGACAGCGGAAUCCCACCAGCACGAGGCGUCGAUCUACCGAAUCUCGCGGAAUCCUGCCAACAAGCAGAUCGUCUCCAGGGCGCGGAACUCGAGUGGUCGAGAGGAGGUCGUUCGGUUCUAUCCUAUCAGUCACAAAACGCUGGAGAACAGACAGCAGAACCUAGCGUCGUUGAUCGAUGAGCUGGGAACCACCAGCGAUAUAUCCUCGACGCGGUUGACGCCGCAGAGUUCGUCGACGACAAUCACGUCGGUGGGGUCUCAAGAGAAGUCCCCGUCAAGGACAAACGCUACCAGCAACCCGUCGAGCAAACCUGUGAGUCGACAAAAGGUGAUAGGUGUCAGUGUGACAUCCACCGUGGAAGCCACGCCGUACAAGGUCAGGGUGGAGCAUUACGACAACGCCGACGCCACGGUCGUCGCUCGACAACCGUCUUCCAGCGGCUCUUCGUCCAAGGAAACCACAAAAGAACCUAACAAUGCUACGGUUAGAGCUCCCACGCCGAAAGUAUCGACUGUUAGCCCAUCAACGAUAGCUACAACGACGAUAAAGGCGACGACGACCAUGGCCAGCACUACGACAACGACAACACCGCCUUCCUCUAGUUUCGUAACGGAGGAACUCAACAACAUCGUGUCCGAGUCUAACAGGAGCGAGUUCUCGGUCGACGAGGGUUCCCCGAGCACCAGCUGGCAAGGUCACAGCUCGGUGACACCCAGACCGGUGAACAGGCACACGCCAGCCGUCGCUGAACGUCACGCCAAUUCCGACUCGCAUAACCAGCCCGAGGACAUGAUCACUCUGCCAACCGAGGAGAACUACGAGCUCCCAGAGGAGAACGCAGAGUCGAAAGAGUUCAACGAGGAGCCCAUGGAGGUUCAAUCGGAGCGUCUUCAGGCUCAGGGUCGGAAGGCUGGCAGACACUACGAUACUUCUCAUUACAAUCGCCCUGGAGUAAAGGGCUACAGUCAGUCAACGAAGAACUACAAGGCGUCCAGGCCGUACAACGAGCCAGCUAAGCUGUACAGCGAGCCAGCGAAAAUGUACGGCGAGCCUGAGAAGGUAUACGGUGAACCAGCCAGGGUGUACAGCGAGCCUGCCAAGGUCUACAGCGAACCUGCGAAAGUCUACAGCGAGCCAGCGAAGAUCUAUAGCGAGCCUGCGAAGAUCUACAGCGAGCCAGAGAAGAUCUACUCGGAGCCCUCGAAGGUCUACUCGGAGCCAGCGAAGGUGUACUCCGAGCCAGCGAAGAUCUACUCGCAGCCUGCGAAGGUCUACGGCGAACCCAGUCGAAUUUACGACUCCGAAGGCCAGCCGCUGAAUCGCGAGCACGACGGAGAACCUGACGAAGCCAACUACGAGAUCGACGAGUCCGUCAGCGUGAGCAGUAACGGGAACGCUCACGGGCCCCAGUUGAUACUCACGGAGUCCACGAACUCGUCGGAGGUCGAGGACGGCCACAAGGUGGGCUACGUCGUCGAGGGUAGGAACUACAGGAAGUACAGGGUCGAGGAGAGAACACCCGACGGUUUCAUCGUCGGGGAAUACGGGGUUGUUAGUCACGACGACGGUUCCUUGAGGGGUGUCCGAUACACUGCCGACGGCACCAUCAAUCCUCGACUCAUUUACGACGCACUGAUGAAGUUCCUCGCACUAUGAGGGACCCAAGGGACGAGGACACGGCGAUAGAGAGAACCGUAACCGAGGCGAGUCGAUCCGUGAUCGACUUUGCUCGACGGUGACGGAUCGAAGCUAGACACGACUGAUCCUUCUGCUCUUUCCAACUGAACUGCCUCAGAAUGUAAUUUUAAGGAACGAUGUUUUAGGAUAUCUAAGAAAUCUCUCGCGACUGUCGAUCGGUCGAUGGUGCACGGUCGAUCUCUGGUGACUUCUCAAGUGUUCGUUUGACGACCGGGCUGGGAAACGCGGGAGGCGACGAGUCGAAGGGAAACGAACUCUUACUUCCGGCCACGGAGCUGUUUUGCGAAUUCUAACUCCUUGGACGUGUGUAUUUAUGGUUAUGAAUUGCGACUAGGUCGUGCGGAGGUUAGGGUAAGGUGGGAUGAUUGAACUGCUUCUCUUGUUUGUGGAGAUGGUGUGAGCUGUUACACGAUUGUGUAGGAGCAAGGAUUCUUUAAAAGUUUAACGAAUGUCAUAAUACAUCCCUAACGACAUUUGUUAAUGUUUUAAGUAUGCGCAUGGAAAAUGAAGUUAUCGAUACAGGCUAUCUUUGGAAAAACUGUCCUUCAAUCGAACAGAAGGAACACAUGAUGAACCAGACGAAUUAUAAUUAUAACUAGACUGCGGAUGUUUGUACAUUUAUGGAAAAUGAAAAUUGUGCACUAUAUGUGCACAAAUGCAAAAGUACAUAAAAUAUCAACAAAAAUACACAUAUUAUACCGUUUUAAAUAAAACACACUUCGCUUAAGAUUCAAUUCUUGUUAUAUAUCUAUAAGAACAGCGUAAACAUCCACGAUCUAGUUAUAAUUUAUAUUAAGUUAUACGUUGUAUUAUUAUUUAUAUUUUGGAACGAUGAACCUCCUACCCGUGAAAUAUGUUACGUUGGUCUCGCAAGUAAGAGAAGCAUAUUACUCGACGAAGUUAAAGGAGUCGCCCUGAAUUUAGGAUUCCACGUGCUCGUAACGCGGUUGUCGAAUACGCGUGGCGUAACUUCGAUGAUUCGAUGCCGAACGUGUAUUAGGGGAACGAUUCUGAUAAACGCAUGGUACGCCUAAGUUUCACAGGUAGGUGAGCUGGUUGAGCUCGUUAAUGGCGACGGUAAUCUUCGGUUAGUCGUCACUCCGUCGUUUCUAAGGUCUGGAAAAGGUCACGGUGAUCCUCCGCAGGCUUCGCGAUCGAGUCUUUCAUCAGAGAGGUUGAGAUUAGAAAGAAUACGGAGUUAAGGAUUGUUCAUCAACGACUAAAAGAAAACCGUAUUGUUCAGCUCAAUGACGAGCAUUCAACUUUUUCUGUACUCCAAACGUAACGACAAGUGAAUCGUUUUCUUGUUCGGCAAUGCAAUUUUUCUUUUACAGAGUGUUUAGAAAGAAGGAUUCAGGAUUUUAGGUGUACAUGGAAAGUACAUAUUCUUGAAGUAAUACGCAAUACAGUUACUUGUCAAAGAAACGCAAGUCACUUUUGUUAGUUAAUUCUAGUUAGCAUACGUUAUAGAAACUCGGUAAUUGUGAUUAUUACCUUUCGUAUUUAGAUUUUUUGCAUUGUUCAUACAAUUGGGAAAAUAGAUUUUGUGAUCAACAUGAUACAUAGUCUCAUGAGGAUUUGGCGUGACAGUAAAAUCACUUUAAAUUUCAAAAAUUCACAACGUUGUUUUCAUUAAUAUAAUUAUAAACCAAAUCCCGUAUCAAAAAAAAGUACUGAUUUAAGUGUUUAAAAGUACCGUACGUUCCUAAAACCCUGAAGCCCUGUCUCGAACACAGAAUACUUUUAACGCGCUAAAUCGAAAAAAAUCAUUGUUACUUCCAGCGUUACACGAUAGAAUAUUAACAAAAGUGUAGGAUUUUUAUCAAGGUCAAUUCCUCGCAGAAAAAUGAACCAAAAAGUAUCGUACCACAUUGUAAUCUGAAGCUUCGUUAUCAAGAUAUAAACACUUCAAAUUAACUGUUGCGACGUUGGGUGCGUUGGGUGCGCUCUUGCGUGACACCCACUUGAUUACAAAAUGUAACCGCUUAUAUCUGCGUAACUAAGGCUCGGAUUACAAAAUGUUUAAGGACUUUUCGAUUUCUUUUAGUACAAGUAAUUGAUCCCAUAUGAUAGUCUCACAUUUUCCUUAAUAUAUCGCGUGUUUGUAAGGGAACUGAGCUGAACACGGCCACAUAAAGAUCUCAGGAGGAGGAUAGAUGCCUAAAGCGAUUAAAGCAUUUUGGGAGACUCGUUGGAAGCUCGAUGAAAACGUCGAAACGAUGACUCGCCCGAAGCGUUGCAGCGACAUCGACGAAAAAAAUAAAAACGACUGAUUCUUUCGCUCUUGCCACACGCAACUGCCUCAACGAUUAAUUUUAAGGACGGCCUUCUAGGAUCUAAGGAAGCUCGCGUAUUGGGCGUCGACGUGCGUGUCCAUUCCGUCGACCGGAGACGGAAAGGUCGCUGGACGACUCGGUCGGACGAGACCCAGGGGAAUCCGAAGUGGUGGCCAUUGGCCAUUGCGAAACGUGACAGAUGAAAGUUACUCGUUUGGGUAGCGAAAGUACGAACUUUUGUGCGCUACCUGGUGGCCUUUGACGAUCGCGUCAACGACGUCCCCCUCGGAUCGUCCGAUUUCUUUUCCCUUCGUCCGGCGAUCGCGUUUCCCGCUGUCGAGAAGAUCCUCGUGGCUCUACGUAGUUGCGUAAUAUUUGUGAUCGCGUUAGUCGCUAGCGUGUUAUUUGUCAUGAUUUACGAUUAGGUGUACGGUACAGUCGGCCGCGUCGAAAAUAGUUCACCAACCUCGCACUUCAUCGAUCAUUUCCGAACUGUGUAUAUUUGGAAUUUGGUUCGACCCGAAGUAUGUCGUAGUUUAGGUGAAAUUAGGUGGGGCUUAAGAUAUCAAAUUGCUGAUUUUGAAAUUUUUUAAGAAGUACAGGCCCUCGAUGUUGACAGUUGUCAGUCGUACGAAAACUGACUUCAAUUGGAUUCAAUUUUAAAUGUGUUUUAGUAAUUAUGAUGAAAAAUCGAGGCUUUCUAUUUGUUUAUUAUGAUUAAGAAAUAUUUCAUCCAUGCAGGAUCGGAAAGUAAAUCUAUAUUUCACUUUAUGAUUGAAAAUAUAAAUACGAGGAUGGUGGACGUUUUCGAGUGCGAGCCACUGAGUAAUGGUGGAAAAAUCACGGUGUCUCGUGGUUCAGUCGACAAUUUUAAAAUACUGACGAAGCUUAUUGUUAUCACAGCUGUUGUUAUUAUAAUUGUACACUUCUUGUAUCUGUAUGUUUUACGAAAGUUUCGCAGCCAUCUUUUUAUGUAUUUGUAUCUACGCAAUACUCAAAGCUGAAUGAAGUCGUGUGACGUCUGUGAAUGUCUAAUUGCGUGAUAGCUUCUUCAUUUGCAUCGUACGAAAAGCGGAAAAAUACUCGAAAAUGCACGAACGACAAUGGUGUCUAACAGUCCCUUGAUUGUGUCUAUCAUCCCAAUUUCACAGUCGAUAAUUAAAUCAUUAGAAGCUAUGAGGGAAAUACGGAUUUGUUAAAAUUUUCAUAUAUGGUUAAAUAAUUAUCCACUUACAGAUUUUGUCUGACAUUGGCAUUACUUUUAUAUAACAUAAAAAUCUUCUUCUCCUCACUGCUUCUUAUUUAGUUUGAGCAUUAUACCUUCUCCUGUCUCCUUUCCAGUUUCCAUCAUUUCUCGCUCUCGUCAGUGCUCCAUUCCAAGGCUUCUUCUUCAACACAACCAAGAAACCAAGAGAAGCACCGAAAUAAGCUUCAAAAAACACAAACACUCGUCACCCACGUAAUAAUUACUCCGUCACCCGAUGCACCAUUACUAUAAUUGCGACUAACUAAUCAACGAAAGGCCCAAAAGAAUCGACUGAACGUGUUUGUCGCGUGCUUCCGUCACGGCGACGCUUCUGUGAUGAAAAAGCGUAUAGAGCAGUCGCAACUGCCAGAGCCUCCCCUCUAGAUUCCGCGAAACUAAUUUAACUGUAUCCUUCCGAGAAAAUUGUGAUCACCACUCAAUGGCUCCGCAGCUGCGACGAGCAUGCUGACUUGUCACGGCAGCGUCUCUGUGCGACCCUAAGUUUAAGUUCUCCUAGGUUCUUAAGACGCUUUCAGCGUCGACAUGAACUCCUUCCACGACGUGGAAGCUCACGCGUUCGUGGGCGAACCGUAGGACGUAAGACGGAUAACGUUUAUUUUAUUUUUAGAGUUAAAUAGCUCAUUCCUCCUCAUUACCUCAAUCUUUGAGAUAGUUCCUCCUGCCAUUUAAAUAACGUAUCACGCGAGUACUCACCUUAAAUUAUAUACGUUCGCUCGAACCUUUUCCCAUCGAAGAGAACCCUCGAGAGUAGUGGCGCAAUUGGAAGUUUAGUUUGACAAAUAUGUUUAAUAAAAUAAAGAACGAAAAUUUUGGAAUUAUUAGUAGAGGUAAAAACAAAUGAAUCCUCCUGAGGCUGUUCUACUCUCAUAGUACGACGUUGGUUACUUCGGGGUGAGCGGUAGCAGGAUUCAUUUCUUUUUAUUCGUAGGUAGGAAUCUGGAAUUUAUUUAUUCAGAAUUCUGAAUUUUAACGAGGACGUUACUAAACAUCAACGAACAUCAAUAUGGCACGAAACUUGCCGGCAUUUUAUAAAACUUCAUUGGGGAAUUAUACUAAAAAAAAGUGAAAAACUACAAGCGAUAACUAUCACUAUCCAUGGACUAAUAUUUCUCAAAAUCGAAUCAAAUCUCAACUUGAGAAUAUUCGUCAUUUGACAUAAAUAUUUUUAGCAUCUCAACUAAGUCAUACUUGAACAAAAGGCUCUCAGAUUUGUAAAUUAUAAUCUUCUUCAUUGAAAUAUUAUUUGAAACCAUUUCCUUGCAUACUUGCGUAUACAAACAAAUUUAAAUGAUCUAAAACUAGGUUGAGCUGCCUUAGUAGCGCCAUCGCUCUCGAAAGAAUAAUUUCGAUACCUCGAAACGUUGGCCGCGUCGAAAUCGAUAUUGUACGUGUUCGCUCGAACAUUGCUCAUCCUCCUAGGCUAAACGCGCGUCCAUUUGUCUCUGUUUUGUAUCUAAACGAUAAAAGUAUUUCGAUAUGUUACAGGUGAUAUCAUUACGAUAAGGACUCUCUUACGUUAGACGUACAUGUACAUCGUAGCUAAUGUUUAUCGUAAAAUAUUAUGCGUUGCGCUGUGCAACCAUUGUCAUAAUUCAAAACAACUUUGUAAUAAAUUCCA